AUGGCGGCGAAAGUCUCGAAUUCCCCGACUUCCAACAGCGGAGGCGGGAGCAGCAGCAGCAGCAGCAACCAAGGCCUGCUUCUAGGUCGGUACGAGAUCGGGAAGCUGCUCGGCCAUGGCACCUUCGCCAAAGUCUACCACGCCCGCAACGUCAAGACCAACGAGAACGUCGCGAUAAAAGUAAUCGACAAGGAGAAGAUCAUGAAGGGCGGCCUAAUCGCCCACAUCAAGCGCGAGAUCUCCAACCUCCGCCGCGUCCGCCACCCGAACAUCGUCCACCUCUUCGAAGUAAUGGCCACAAAAGCCAAGAUCUACUUCGUCAUGGAGUACGUCCGCGGCGGCGAGCUCUUCAACAAGGUCGCCAAGGGACGGCUCAAGGAGGACGCCGCCCGCCGCUACUUCCAGCAAUUGAUCUCCGCCGUCGCCUUCUGCCACGCCCGCGGCGUCUUCCACCGCGACCUCAAGCCGGAGAACCUCCUCCUCGACGAGAACGGCAGCCUGAAGGUCUCCGAUUUCGGCCUCAGCGCCGUCGCCGACCAGAUCCGGCAGGACGGCCUCUUCCACACGUUCUGCGGCACCCCUGCCUACGUGGCGCCGGAGGUCCUCGCGAGGAGAGGGUACGACGCCGCCAAGGUCGACAUCUGGUCCUGCGGCGUAAUCUUGUUUGUAUUGAUGGCCGGAUACCUUCCAUUCCACGACCAGAACAUUAUGCUGAUGUACAAGAAGAUCUACAAGGGCGAAUUCCGGUGCCCUAAGUGGUUCUCCCCUGAGCUCUCCAAGCUGCUGACGAAGCUCCUCGACACGAACCCUGCCACGAGAAUCACAAUUCAAGAGGUAAUGGAGAAUCGAUGGUUCAAAAGAGGGUUUAAGCACAUCAAAUUUUACAUAGAAGACGAUAGGGUUUGCAAUGAUCAGAACCAGAACCAGGACGAUGCAGGUUCCUGCUCGGAUGCCUCAAUGUCUGAAUCGGAUUCCGAAUUCGAAUCACGACGAAGAGUGACGUCCCUACCGAGACCGGCGAGUUUGAACGCCUUCGACAUCAUAUCGUUUUCGCCAGGGUUCGAUUUGUCCGGGUUGUUCGAGGAAGGAGGGGAAGGUGCGAGGUUCGUGUCCGGGGCGCCUGUAUCGAAGAUCAUAUCGAAGUUGGAGGAGAUUGCGCAGCUGGUGAGCUUCACGGUGAGGAAGAAGGAUUACAGAGUGAGCUUGGAAGGGUCGAGGGAAGGAGUGAAAGGGCCGUUGACGAUCGCGGCUGAGAUAUUCGAGUUAACCCCCAAGUUGGUGGUGGUUGAAGUGAAGAAGAAGGGUGGGGAUAAAGGGGAGUACGAUGAUUUCUGCAACAACGAAUUGAGACCUGGGUUGCAGAAAUUGAUGAUGGAGGAAUCUGAACGAGAUGCUUGUGGUGGCGGCAUGGGCUCUACUGCGGGUUCAACAAUUGAUUCCCCUCCCAGGUUGUCUACUGAUUCAUUGCAAUCAUUUCCUUCUACAUAUGUACCUUCCGAUACAGAAUAA